UACAACCUUGUGGAUUAAUGUGAGUUGUUCGUGAAUUAUACUUAAACAGCAAAUCGAAAUUAGACGUCGGACAUCGUCACCAAUUUUCAUUGUGUUGAAAAUUGCUACAAAAUUUUGAAGAGUUUUUUUUGCUAGAAAAUCAUAUCUAAUAUUCAUAGUUUAUCAUCUGUGGCAAUAUAUAAUAACUUCUAUACAGAAUAAAUUUGAAAAGUGAAAAUCUACGCUCUCGAGCAAACUAUUGUCGGUAAAAAUGGCUUGUGCAACACUUAAGCGUACAUUAGACUGGGAAGCACUAAAUCAGCGUCCUACAAAGCGUAGACGUUGCAAUCCUCUUGGACAAACAACCGGAAAUGGAUCAUCACCAUCACGCUCAUCUGUAGCAUCUACUUUAUAUGACAAUGUGCAGAGUCCUAGUGGAAGUCGUAUUUCCAAAGAACCACAGCCUAAUCCAUUCACAGACACCAAUUUAACAAAAAUAUCCCCAGAUAAAAUUGCUCAGGAUAUCCGUGAUGAAAUUAAACGACUGCAUCGUUGUAAACGUCUUCAAUUCCCAUCGUCUAACGUAGAUGGUAUGCAACAGGACUCAGAAUCAAGCGGUUCCGAAAUGGGUGCCGAUAGUCCACGUCGUCCUGACACCCCACCGAGUUUGGUGCGUAAUCCAGAGAAAGCGCUUUUUACAUUCAAGCAAGUUCAAUUAAUAUGCGAACGUAUGCUUAAGGAGAGAGAAGACGAGAUACGUGAAAAUUAUAAUGCUGUGCUGACUACAAAGCUCGCCGAACAGUAUGAUGCUUUCGUAAAAUUCACUUACGACCAGAUACAAAGGCGCUAUGAAGCCACACCAAGCUAUCUUUCAUAAUCGGACCUCAAGCGCACUGCAUUACUAGUCGCUAAGAUUUCAUCGCGUAUAUACAACACUUUCUGUAUUUAUGCAUUUUGUUGGAGACACAAUAAUAUAAAACUGAAAUUCUCAUCAUAACUUAAAACAUUAACUUAAAUAAAAGCACUGAAUGCGAAUAAGAUGAAAAGAUAAAUAUAAAAAGAUAAUUAUAACAAUCGCCUAAAGGAUAAAAAUAUUGAACUUUUCAUAUAUUCUGGCAUAUUUUAAUUUCUGCUCAAACACAUAAGUUUUUUUUUGUCAUAGUCGAAAUAAAAUAUACAUUUAAGUAAGUUACCAUCUUAUUAACAUAAUUUCUAAUGUUCUGUAAAAAUCUAUUGCGAACUUCAAACUGUACUUUAUUUUCAACUAUGACUUGGCCUUCCAACUCAAACAUAUUUAAUAAACUUUCCUCAAGACACUGCAUUAAUUACGAUUUAAUAUUUUAACACAUACAUACAUAUGUAGAUAUCGUUCAAUAUUUGAAAGCGUAUGUAUAUUUGGUUGAUUUUUAGAAUGAAGUAAUUUUUCAUUUGUAGAGUUUGUUAUACAAUUCUAAUAAGACUUUAUUGAGGAAUAAUUCAUGAUAUAACUGAAUGGUUUGGGAUAAAAGAUAAACUAUUCCUCUCGGAAUAUGAUUGCUUUUGAUUCAAUGCCUUCUAUUAUAUAUAGCAUAUUAAAUUAUAUAUAUAUAUAUAUAUAUAUAUAUAUUUAUAUUAUACAUAUAUAUGUAUAUAAUAAUAUAAAUAUAGUUGCAAAUGACAAUUGAGUAAAAUUACUGAAAUUACCAUCUAAUUAUUCACUUGCCACUCGCUUUCUUAUCAGAAAAAUUCUUAAUUUUUGUUAAGAGAAAAAAUUAAAACACUAUAAUUUUGUAAACUAAUACAUCAACAGAGAAAAAGCGCAUACUUUAAAUUGAUAUAACAAAUAAACAAAACAAACAACAAUUAAAAACCUCAGCAUCAGUAAAAACAAAUAAUAUUUACAAAAACAACUAUAUGUUAAUAUAUACUUAGUAUAGAACAGAUAUUAGGUUAAUGAAAUUGAAUUGAUAAGAUUAUUAUUUUAAUAAUAAUGAAGUGAAUAUAAGAGCAUACUGGAA